UUCAUAUUCACUCAUCCUGAUCCCUGAUCCAAGCUCACCACCAAGACACCAACGCAACAGAAUCGACGGCUGAAGCAGCCAUGGCUGAACUUGAGAAGACGAAAGAACAGCGAUAACGACAAUUGGUGACUGCAAUCAAUCAGUAUCUCCUUCUCAAACAAAAGCCCCAAAAUAUAUUUUUUCCUGACUUUCAAUCGCCAGAAUUAGGGUUCCAAAAUUCGCGGGAAUAGGUGCAAAUAUGCUUCAAAACCCUAAUCAAGGGAUAUUCUGUGAUUUCCUCUGAAAAUGUCGACAUCUGAAAUUGCCAGCAUUUUGGACAAUUCAAAGGAGCUCGAUCGGCUUAGGAAAGAGCAGGAAGAUGUUUUGACUGAUAUCAAUAAGCUUCAUAAGAAGCUCCAGACCAAUCCUGAAGUAGUUGAGAAGCCUGGGGACAUGUCUUUAUCGAAGCUUAAGAAUUUGUACAUUCAAGCUAAGGACUUAGCAGAAACUGAAGUGAGAGUAUCUAAUAUUUUAUUAUCUCAACUGGAAGCCUUGCUCCCUCCUGGGCCGCCUGGACAGCAACGAAGAAGAGUAGUUGCAGAAGGUAAUGAGCAGAAAAAGAAACAGAAGAAGAAUGAUUCUGAUAUUUCAAGGGUCUCCCCUUCCAUGAGAAACCAACUUGAUAACCUUGCUAGUUUGAAAGGAGAACAGGUUGCAGCUAGGGUUACAACAGAAGAUAUUGAGAAGGAUGAGUAUAUUGUGGUGAAAGUGAUGCAUUAUGACAGGGAAACAAGAGAAUUUGAAGUGCUUGAUGAGGAACCUGGUGACGAUGAUGAGGGUGGUGGCCAAAGAAAAUUUAAGCUUCAUGCGUCAAAUGUCAUACCUUUCCCUAAACGGAAUGAUCCUUCUACUGCUCUGGACUUCCUUCCUGGCCGAGCAGUUUUGGCAGUAUAUCCUGGUACUACAGCAUUGUACAAAGCAACAGUAGUGAAUCCACAUCGCAAGAGGAAGACUGAUGAUUAUCUUCUCGAGUUUGAUGACGAUGAAGGUGAAGAUGGAUCCAUGCCAAGAAGGACAGUACCAUUUCACAAUGUGGUUGCCUUGCCAGAUGGACACCGUCAGUGAUUCUGUCCAGCUCCCUUUUUAUUGUAAUAUUUAUAUUUAUAUUUAAUGAACAAGGCAAUGAUGGUUAACGCUUGGUGACUGGUCCGCCUGGAGCGUCAUGAAAUAACAGAAAUAGCGUAGUCUGCAUAUCAAUUGAGCCAUUGCUUUCCUCUGAAAUCUGCAAUUCUGCACUUUUCAUGUGGGCAUCAGUUCAAGUAAAUAGCUUGUAAAUGAGGAUGUAGUUUGUAAGUUUUCUGUUAUAUAUAUCAAGAAAGCUAAGGGAGCUUGUUGUGCUAGGUAUUAUGGUGGCGUAUUUUUAUAUUAUGGGAAGUACUUGUAAAGCUUUGAAAGAAAACUUAACUACGGAGUACGGAGUAUAAAAUAUUAGCGGAUUUUGGCUAUGGUAUUGGUAUUCAGUUUA